UCCGACGGUCUGUGUUGCAGUAGGGAAACAUCAACGGACGGACACGGCUUGUUUUUGAGCAUAUCAAAACAAAGAUCUCUACAUUUUGGGUUUCAUCACGUCUGACAUGAAUAGCUCACGUUCGCUAUAAAGCGAGACGUUGACAUAUUAGCAAAAGUAGUGUUCGUCAAACGGAAUUAGUCAGCACUUUAUGGGAAUGUAUUUGUAGCUACCGUUAGCUACAUAGCUAAUGGUAGAAGCUAACGCCAGUCCCGCAAUGCUAGCUGUCGUUUGCAUUGCCUAAUGUCAGUGAAGGCUCGCGUAGGCGGGUCGCAAACCGCAAUAUAUGGCAUCACAAUUAUACCUCGGGCGUUUUUAACGUUAAACUAAGUGACGGUAGCGGAUACAAACACCUCAGCGCGGGAAUACUUAAAUGCUUAACGUUAUCUUGUAGCUCGCUUUAACUGUCGGGCUAACAUCUAUUCAGCGACGCAGGGGAGCAGCUAGCGUGUGACAGCGAUGGGUAAAGCUCGUUGCCACCCACAGUAGCUGCUGCACCGGCGCUGAAGUCAUGCAUGACUGGACGUGUCCAUUGUUGAAGAGAAUCCGGUCCACUAUCUAGUGGCUUAAUCACCAUCUGUAGGCUAUUUGGGCUUGUUUACCCGCAGAGGAAAUGCCUGGAAUCGUGGUGUUUGGUCGGCGGUGGGGGAUCGCCAGUGACGACUUUGUUUUCCCCGGCUCCUUUGAGCUGUUCGUCCGUGUGCUUUGGUGGAUUGGCACCAUGAUUCUGUUCAUGUACCACAAGGGGGAAUUUGAUUGUAACGGGAGAGGAGUUCUUCACAGCUAUCUGGUUGGACUGCUGGUUGUGCUGGCUCUCAUAAUCCUGUCACUAUGUGCUAUUGUCUACGUCAGUGCCCAAGGUACCAUUACAAACCCCGGCCCACGGCGCUCUAUCCCUGCGCUGGUGUACCUGCGAGCUCUCCUCUACAUCCCUGAGCUGGUGUGGGCCUGUCUGGGCGCGUUCUGGGUGUCUGAUGACAGCAAAGGGUGCGAUCCUGCCACCGUGGGCGCUGUCAUCGCAGCAGUGAUUGCCAGCUGGAUCAUCCUGCUGUUCACAGGGUUGGGCGUUGUAUUUGUGUUUGACCCACUGGGCAACCCCCGUCCUCAGCCUGCUGCCAUGGAGCCGCUGGGGGUACGAGACAUGGAGAGCAACGAGGGCAACCAGUUCCUCUCCACGGCUCGCUCCCUGGCUGUCAAGGUGUGGGAGAGCAGGCUGCGGCUCCUGUGCUGUUGUCUCCCGCAGGACGAAAGCCACAGAGCAGCAUUCUCUAGCAUCGCACAGCUCGUCAGCGGGUUCUUCUCUGACACAGACCUGGUCCCCAGUGACAUAGCAGCUGGUUUGGCUCUGCUGCACCAGGAGCAGGAUAAGAUGGAGCAAAGCAGAGACCCAGACCUUGUAGUUCACAGCCCUUCCUCUCCCAUCGGAGAAGAUUUGGAGACGGAGUUGGAGAAAGCAGCUCACUGUAUGAAGUUUGCUGCAGCAGCUUAUGGCUGGCCGCUGUACAUCUACUCCAACCUCCUUACUGGACCCUGCAAGCUCAGUGGAGACUGCUGUAGGAGUCGUGCGGCCGAGUAUGACAUCGUUGGAGGAGACCACCUCGGCUGUCAUUUUUCAUCCAUCCUGCACAGCACUGGUUUGCAGUACAGAGACUUCAUCUACGUCAGCUUCCAUAACCAGAUCUAUGAGAUCCCCUUCUACGUGGCUCUGGAUCAUAAGAGAGAGGCAGUUCUGGUGGCUGUCAGAGGAACACUGUCACUGAGGGACGUCCUGACAGACCUGUCUGCUGAAUGUGAGAACCUGCCGAUAGAAGGAGUGUCUGGAGCCUGCUACGCUCACAAGGGCAUGUGCCAGGCGGCCAGUUACAUCUACAAGAAGCUGGUCAACGAUGGCAUCCUUAACCAGGCUUUCUCCAUUGCACCGGAAUAUAAACUGGUCAUCACUGGUCACAGUCUGGGUGCUGGCACAGCCUCACUGCUGGCUAUCCUCUUGCGCAACUCCUUCCCCACCCUGCAGUGCUACUCAUUCUCUCCACCAGGGGGGCUCCUGAGUAAAGCUUUAGCUGAUUACUCCAAGGACUUUGUGGUCUCGGUUGUGUUGGGAAAGGAUCUGGUUCCCAGAUUGAGCAUUCCCAAUAUGGAGGAUCUGAAGAGAAGGAUACUUAAGAUAGUUUCCAACUGCAAUAAGCCCAAGUACCGCAUCCUGCUGCAGGGAUGUUGGUACGAGCUCUUCGGAGGAGACCCGGAUGACUUCCCCACUGAGAUGGACGACAGGAGGGAGGAGGAGCUCAGCCAGCCGCUGCUGGGGGAGGAGUCGCUGAUGAUUCGCCACUCUUCAUCCUAUCAGAGCCUGGCGUCGGAUGACUCGCCCGCCCACACGGCUGCACACUUACCUCUGUUCCUGCCCGGACGCAUUCUGCAUAUUACAGAAGAUGGGCCGUCACGGAGAUCCUGUUUUUCCCAGGUGCGGUACCGUGCAGACUGGUCCAAUGAGAUGGCGUUCAGGAGUGUGUUGAUCAGUCCCAGGAUGCUCGCAGAUCACAUGCCCGACGCUGUGCUCCGUGCCCUCAGCAGUCUGACCAGCGAAAGGCCCUUCUCCCUCUGCCCAUCGUCUGCAAACAACAGCCAGCACAAUACUAUCUGAAAUGCAUCAUAGAGACUCCUUACUCCUGAGCUCCCAGAGUCUCCGCUGGGAAACUGGAUUGUAAUGGUAAUCAAGAUAUGAAACCAUAGAGAGGUCCCUGCUGUGGUCUCCAUGAAUGAAUGUGAUUUGUUAACACGUUGGAGCGCAAAUAUUUUGUUAAAUUGCACUUUUAAUUUAGAUAAUUAGUUUUAUUUAAACCCUCAGUUACUCAAUGAGCAACUUUAUGAACCAUGAUAUUUGAAUGUGCGUUGUGUACAAUAUUUGACAGUGCUGCAGGUUUACUGUAAUGUCUGUGUUCUACAUUUAUGUUGGUGUGAGUGCUGUACGGCCGGUACAAGCUGCCGUCGGGUCACUGCAAGUGUCCGACGUUGUCUUCCUUAUCUGUAGGGAGGACUGAAGAGCAGUCUGAUCCAGAACGAGAGGAUACAGGGGGUAACUUUUACCUCGGAUUGUGGACUGAGGCGCUAAGUCUUCAUUGUAUAGUAACUGUGGUUCGUCUGUCUUGUGUUUAAUGUCUUAAGACAUCAGGGUGAGCAGUGCCUAUGCAUCACAGGAAGGUCAACAGAAUUGCUUUGCAGAAAAACAGUGUGUUUACAGUAAGGUUUGUUCUGCAUUUUCUACAAUGCAGUUAAAAUAGUGCAUGGUGUUCGAACAGGUAGAAAGAUUGUACUACGACUAUAUUUUGUGGGAAUCUGUUUACUUGCCAUGGAUAAAACUUUUUUUUUAUGGUAGCGUAUCAUAUUACAUUUUGAUUUAGCUGAUGCCUGCAUAACUAUUCCAUAUCCUCAAUAGAAUGCACUGGACUCCUUGAUGAAAAUAAAAGCUUUUGUGAAACACA